GCCUGUGUCAAACGUCGUGCGUGUGAAGUACGGCUGACAGUAGGCAAAAUACUUUAUAGUUUUCCAUUAUCGUGUAAUUUUUCCACUUGAUACGGUUCAUAUUCGCCUAGAAAAUGGAACCUUAUGAUGUGAUAGUCAAUCAGCCCGUUGUUAUUGACAAUGGAUCAGGAAUCAUUAAAGCAGGCUUCGCGGGUGAUCAUAUACCAAAGUGCCGGUUUCCGAAUUAUAUCGGAAGGCCUAAACAUGUUCGUGUAAUGGCUGGAGCGCUCGAAGGCGAUAUCUUUGUGGGACCGAAAGCAGAGGAACAUCGUGGAUUGUUGAGCAUUCGAUAUCCAAUGGAACACGGCAUAGUCACAGAUUGGAAUGAUAUGGAACGAAUUUGGAACUACAUUUAUAGUAAACAUCAACUCUCAACGUUCAGCGAAGAACAUCCAGUUCUGUUGACCGAAGCACCAUUAAACCCGCGACGUAACCGUGAAAAGGCUGCUGAAAUUUUCUUUGAGACUUUCAAUGUGCCUGCACUCUUUGUGUCAAUGCAGGCAGUUCUUAGCUUAUAUGCAACAGGACGAGUGACUGGUGUUGUGCUGGACGCAGGCGACGGCGUAACACAUGCUGUUCCUAUAUACGAAGGAUUUGCUAUGCCCCACAGUAUUAUGAGAGUUGACAUUGCUGGCAGAGACGUUACAAGAUAUCUUAAGGCUUUGAUUAGAAAGGAGGGCUUCAACUUCCACACAACUGCCGAAUUUGAAAUCGUACGUUCUAUUAAGGAAAAAGUUUGUUAUUUAGCAAGUAAUCCUAUCAAGGAAGAGAACAUAGAAACUGAAAAAUAUGCAUACACGUUACCGGACGGGAACACACUAGAAAUCGGACCAGCUAGAUUCCGUGCACCCGAAGUUCUGUUUCGUCCUGAUCUCAUCGGAGAGGAGUGCGAGGGUAUACACGAAGUGCUUACGUACGCUAUACAGAAAUCAGAUAUGGAUUUGCGUAAGAUGCUGUUCCAGAAUAUUGUUCUCUCUGGCGGUUCAACUUUAUUCAAAGGUUUCGGGGACCGAUUGUUGGCUGAAAUCAAAAAGCAUGUAGCGAAGGAUAUGAAAAUUAAGAUUGCAGCUCCUCAAGAACGAUUGUAUUCAACCUGGAUGGGUGGUUCGAUUCUCGCAUCGCUCGACACAUUCAAGAAGAUGUGGAUAUCAAAGAGGGAAUACGACGAGGAGGGCCAAAGGGCAAUACAUCGUAAAACGUUUUAAGUUUUAGUUCUCAAAGUAUCAUAUGAAAAAGUUAAACGAGAAAUAAAUUGGAGAAAAAACAUUUUUGUAUAAUAACAACAUACACUAUUGCGUCUCGAAUGCUUCCCAUGGGAAGGAACUCGCUGAGACCUAAGCAGAAAACUUAAUUUACUAGAAUAAAUGUUAUAUUUUAUAAUAUACGCAUAUUUAUUUCGGAUAGCUUUUAUAUUGAUAUUAAAAGCUCUAUCGAUUUUUUAGUACUUUUUUUAGUAGUAUAUUAAUUUCCAUAAUUUUCACAUAAAUUCCAGCGCGACAGAUUUUGAUAAGAUUUAUCGCUACCAGAGCUUGCAAGCAUUUUAUGCAAAUUUGAAUGAAUUUAAAACAAUAGACAGAUUUUCUACUACAGUUUUCAAAAUAUUUCGUUUUUAGUUUAUAUCCUCGCUCGCAUUUACUCGGAACCCUAUAAAGCACAAAAGACGUUAUUAAUUUUCCUCUAAAGCAAAAAAAGGUUGUUAAUGUUUCAAAUUCGAUUUUGAGCUAAAUUUACUAUAAAAGUUCGUGCGGUAGCUUGAUUUUAAAGCAGAUAUAUUAAAACGUAAUUGUUUUUAGCUCACGGAAACGUGUAAAAUACUCAAAGUUAGAAGAGAUAGCUUCGUGAUAAUUUGCGACUCUUUCGUUACUUUCAACAAGCAUAGGCUGUCGUAUAUUUUCGCUAAAUUUGGGAAUACAAAAACUAAAUCACAACUAACACAACUCUUUCAAAUUUCGUUGGCAGAACGACAUAAAAGUUCUAAUCACAUGCCAGGUGCAACAAAUUUUACUUUCAUUUUAUUUUUGUACUGGAAAAGACAAUUAUUAUAUAAUAAUUGAUUAUUUAUUGUCAAAUAAAGAAAGAUGAUUGAGAUACUGUAUUAAA